UCUCAAAACUGAUGAUAGAGCGCAUUCUGUCAUCACGUGAGAAGGUAUGGUGAAUUUGGGUGGUGUUAAGUGUUUUAACUUUUAAUUAUAAUUAAUUUGAUGAACAGCUAAUAAAACUAAACUUAUAAGGCGUCCUCUUGCAGUAAAAACAUACAUUUCGUCACCUCAAGAACGUAUCGCAAUGUCAGAAUAUUGGCUUAUUUCAGCUCCAGGCGAUAAAACAUGUCAACAAACAUGGGAAACAAUGAACAAUAUUACCAACAAACAAAAUAAUUUGUCUGUUAAUUAUAAAUUCGCAAUUCCUGAUUUAAAGGUCGGAACUUUGGAUCAGUUAGUAGGAUUGUCUGAUGAUUUAGGCAAACUCGACACAUUCGUUGAUCAGGUAACUCGUAAAGUUGCUACGUAUCUGGGUGAAGUUUUGGAAGAUCAACGUGAUAAAUUACAUGAAAAUCUCAUGGCUAAUAAUAGUGAUUUACCCACAUAUAUAACACGAUUCCAAUGGGAUAUGGCCAAAUAUCCAAUAAAACAAUCAUUAAGAAAUAUUGCUGAUAUUAUAAGUAAACAAGUUGGACAAAUUGAUGCUGAUUUAAAAACAAAAUCAACGGCAUAUAAUAAUUUGAAAGGAAAUUUACAAAGUUUAGAAAAGAAACAAACAGGAAGUUUGUUAACAAGAAAUUUGGCUGAUUUGGUAAAAAAAGAGUAUUUUAUUCUAGAUUCAGAAUAUUUAACCACCCUCUUAGUUAUAGUUCCCAAACAAUUAUUCCAUGAUUGGGAAGCAACAUACGAAAAGAUAACUGAUAUGAUUGUGCCUAGAUCAUCUACACUCAUAUCUCAAGAUCAUGAUUAUGGAUUAUUUACAGUAUCCUUAUUUAAAAAAGUUGUUGAUGAAUUUAAACAACAUGCUAGAGAAAAGAAAUUUAUUGUACGAGAUUUUACUUAUAAUGAAGAAGAGUUGGCAGCUGGUAAAAACGAAAUUACAAAACUUGUCACGGACAAAAAAAAGCAAUUUGGUCCAUUAGUUAGAUGGUUAAAAGUGAACUUUAGUGAAUGCUUUUGUGCUUGGGUCCAUGUAAAAGCUUUACGUGUCUUUGUAGAAUCAGUACUUCGUUAUGGUUUACCCGUAAAUUUCCAAGCAAUUCUUAUUCAUCCUAAUAAAAAAAGUCAAAAGAAAUUACGAGAUGUUUUAAGCCAAUUGUAUGGACAUUUAGAUAGCAGCGCUCUUCAAGGUUCCGGUCAUCACGAUAGUGUUGAUAUUCCCGGCUUAGGUUUUGGCCAAGCAGAGUAUUAUCCGUACGUUUACUACAAGUUGAAUAUAGAUAUGGUUGAUUAAAUACAUUAAUUUGUUAUGUAAUUUGUACAAUGCACAAACAAAAAAACAACAUACUUCAUACUGUUACCAGAUAAAACGAGGGUUAAUUUUUAGAGUAUUAUUAUUAUUAAUUAAUUAAUGUAUAAAAUUGAAUUCCCUCAACAUGUAUAAAUUUUAAGCAUUCUUCAAUUUAAAGUAGAUAAACCAGGGCUGGCUGUAGGGUUUUAUUUCGUUAUAAAAAAAAAGUCAAAUCACCUCUUAUUACUUUGUAAUCAAUAAUAAAGA